AGAAGGAGGAGAAGGAGGAAGAUAGGCGGCUAAAUUCGCAAGGCCAUUUAGCUAAACAUGAUGUCGUCGCCGCCGACGUUCAUUGCGAGGAAAACAAAACAACCUGCGUCAGGUGGGUCUCGUUAGAAAAUGGCAGUUAUUAGGGAAGUAAGAUUCGUCCAUGGUAGAGUACCGACGUUUUCGUACACAACACCGUCCCGUGGUAAUGGUAAUGACCAUUCAAACACCAUGUCGCAGGGAUACUCAGGCAACAACGCCGAUUUGAGUGAUUUCGAAGACUGUUACCUCGAGACGGAUCCCCUCAGAUACGAGUUAAAAAAUAUCCAGAGUGUCAUCCAUGUUACGAGGCAGAACAUCGAUGCGCUCAACAACAAGUUCGCCGGUUUUCAACACCCACCUCCGAUCUACCUCACCGAGUAUCAGGAACUCACCAGCAAGCUGCACGAGCUCGAGUCCAAGGAACAGAAGCUUAACGAGCUCCUUAACUCCACCGCUAGUGUCAACGUCGACUACGAGGUUCAGACGCCGUCUAGACAACCCGACCCGAGAACUCCGCUGAAGUCUUUGCUACGAGCUCAUCUACCCAAUCAGCAACGCACCAGUGUCCAAGUCAAGGAGGGACUUUCGCUUAGAGACGCUCUCGCCAAGGCGAUGAAACUGCGGAAUCUUACGCCAGAAAUGUGCGUGGUGUAUGUAAUAGGACAGAACGAUACCAAGAUACCGAUUCCUUGGGACACGGACAUCUCUUCGUUAGAAUGCGACGAGAUAUCGGUCGAGAUAUUGGACAAAUUUCCCAUAACGACUUCUAUAUCGCACAAUUUUGCUAGAAAGACAUUUUUCUCAUUGGCAUUCUGCGAAUUCUGUAGAAAACUUCUCUUUCAAGGAUUCUAUUGCCGGACUUGUAACUACAGAUUUCAUCAGCGAUGCGCCGGCGGCGUUCCGGCGUUGUGCCAUCAGGUUCGCAUGCAGGAUGCUUACUAUCAGGCUCUCCUGGCUCACAACCCCGAAACUACUGCUGGAAUACUCCAACUUCCAUCUGGCUACGGUCUGAGUCGAAGCAUGUCUCCGUCUCUCGCUCCUGUCAGAAGUCACAGACAUCCCAGAACUUUGGGGCAGCAAGAUCGUUCCAGUUCCGCUCCCAAUGUUUGCUUCAACAUGGUUAAACCUGGGAGCGAUCCCUCGUCCCUCGAGGAUUACACCAGAUCUCAAAGCCUGGGAAGACCGGUGGGUAACACUCAGAGUCCGGUUUCACCGGGAAGCAGUCCGACCAAGCACAGUCAAUCGACUCAGGCGAGUCCAACGAGUACGCUGAGGCCAAAACGGCCGAGAGCAAGGUCGGCCGACGAGUCUUCGAAAAAUUUAUUGGCGCCCAGAGAGUCGAUCGAAGAUUGGGAGAUUCCGGCCGAUGAAAUACUGGUGGGACCUCGCAUCGGCUCAGGAUCGUUCGGGACGGUGUACAAAGCUCAUUGGCACGGUCCGGUAGCUGUGAAAACUUUGAACGUUAAAAUUCCAACGCUGGCUCAACUCCAGGCAUUUAAAAAUGAAGUUGCAGUGCUCAGGAAAACUCGUCAUGUUAAUAUACUCCUGUUUAUGGGUUGCGUCAGUAAACCCCAGCUCGCCAUAGUAACUCAAUGGUGCGAGGGAUCGUCUUUGUACAAACACCUCCACGUUUUUGAAUCCAAGUUUGAACUUUUGACACUUAUCGAAAUCGGCAGACAGACUGCACAGGGUAUGGAUUAUCUACACGCCAAGAACAUCAUUCAUCGGGAUUUGAAGAGCAACAAUAUAUUCUUGCACGACGACUUGACAGUGAAAAUUGGUGAUUUUGGACUGGCAACAGCGAAGACAAGGUGGUCCGGAUCUCAGCAAUUUCACCAACCGACCGGCUCCAUUUUAUGGAUGGCACCCGAGGUCAUUAGAAUGCAGGAAGAAAAUCCCUACAGUUAUCAGUCGGACGUUUAUGCUUUCGGAGUGGUACUUUUCGAACUGCUUACCGGACAGUUACCUUAUUGUAACAUUAACAACAAAGAUCAAAUUUUGUUCAUGGUUGGUAGGGGCUACCUGCGACCUGAUUUGAACAAACUCAGAUCGGACACUCCGAAGGCUCUGAAACGCCUGACGGAAGACUGUAUAAAAUUUUCCAGAGACGAAAGACCGAUAUUUAGACAAAUUUUAGCUAGCUUGGAAGGUUUGAUUCAGGGUUUGCCCAAGAUAACCAGAUCAGCUUCGGAACCAAAUUUAAAUCGAACUCAACUGCAGACAGAUGAUUUCCUUUACGCCUGCGCUUCACCUAAAACGCCGGUCAACUUUCAAUUCGGAGCAUUCCCGUUUUACCCAUCGGGUGGGAAUAUAUAAUGGACAUUACUUUGAAUUCUCACCGUUGGCAUAUAACAAUAUUAUAGGAUGCAUAAAAGA